AUGCCACAGGCGCAAUUGCCCCCAUCAUGGUCCCAGAUGCCCCUGACCCCAGUAAGCCAGGACAGCCACAUGCCCCAAGCGCAGAUGCGGAUACCCCCUUUUUUGCCAUUCCUGCUGGACUCUCGACACUGUCGAGGCCGCCUCAAGGAUCAUCCAGCACCCCAAGACCGAGGUGGCGACUCCAACUAUUUUAUUUUUAUUAUUAUUGUUUUCUUAUUUACCUUGAUAGGCAACCUUGUGCUCCUCCUCACCAUCCUCUUAAACAAAAGCCUGCAUCAACCCAUGUACUUGCUACUGCUGAACUUACCCAUCAAUGACAUUAUAGGCUCUAGUGCUCUGUUUCCGCAGGUUAUAAAUGAGCUACUGUUAGACUCUCGGAGUAUACAAUACGCUGCCUGCAUUACCCAAGCGUUUCUUAUUCAUAUCUAUGGAACUGGCUCUGUGUUCAUCUUGACUGCCAUGGCUUAUGACCGAUAUGUUGCUAUAUGUUGUCCUUUACAAUACGGAACGAUUAUGACUAAUGCUCAUGUUAUGAGAAUAAUCAGCUUAGUGUGGUUAUGUAACUUAUUCGUAAUAGGGGUUCUGUUUUUCCUUCUUUUGCGUUUGCCCCGUUGCGGGUCCCAAAUGGCACAUUCUUACUGUGACAAUCCCUCUCUCCUUAGACUUGCCUGUACUGACACAACUGUUAACAACAUUUAUGGGCUGGCGUUGUUUUAA